UUUGACAAAUUCUGUUCUGACGCUUGUUAAUCAAUUCAUUUUAAUUGAUUCUAUUUUUCUUCUGUGACUUAAUUAAUUUGUUUUCUCGCCUUUGUAUUAAUAUCUCUGUGUUUCUCUGUGUUUAAUUUACAACAAGUAUAAUAUCUUGAGUUUUCUAUUGUCAAAUAAUCGAUUCUUACAGUUAUUCUCAUACGUUUUAAUUUUGUUAAUUUUAUUUUUUUCUUUCGUUUCUUCUUUGAUUGAGAGAUUUAUAUUAAACUCUCUCUCUCUAUCUUUACUGUGGAAGAUUGUUUUCUCUUGGUUUUGUUUUGUGUUCUAUUCUAUUCUGUAAUUGUGAAGUGUGAAAAUAUAAACUAAAAUGGGUAAAGAUUAUUAUAAAAUCUUAGGUAUCUCCAAAGAUGCUAAUGAUGAUGAUAUUAAAAAGGCUUAUAAAAAGAUGGCCCUUAAAUAUCAUCCGGAUAAGAAUAAAUCACCUGGAGCUGAAGAGAAAUUUAAAGAGAUUGCUGAAGCUUAUGACGUACUUUCCGAUAAAGAGAAACGUAAAUUGUACGAUAUGGUUGGUGAAGAAGGUCUGAAAGGAGGUGCUGGACACACCGGAGGUUCUGGAGGUGGAAUGCCAAAUGGAGCUACAAAUGGAUUCUCAUAUGUUUACACUGGAGAUCCAAGGGCAACGUUUGAACAAUUCUUUGGUGGAGGUAAUCCCUUCGAGGCAAUAUUCGGAGGUUUAGGAGGUCAUGAUGAUAUGAUGGAUAUUGAUGGUUCUAAUGGAUUCUCAGGUGGAAUGUUCAGAAAUCCUCAUGGUGUAUCUAAUGGUUUUAGAACUCAAUCAUUUACAAAUGGUGGUAGUUGCGGUGGUGGCAGUGCCAAUAGGCGUCGUCCACCUGAGCAAGAUCCUCCUGUUGAGCAUGAUCUCCAUGUAACUGUGGAAGAAUUAUUAAAAGGAACAACUAAACGAAUGAAAAUCACUCGUAAAGUUAUUGGUCCAGACGGUAAUUCUUAUAGGAAUGAAGAUAAAAUUUUAAGCGUAACAAUUAAACCAGGCUGGAAAGCGGGUACAAAGAUCACUUUUCAACGGGAAGGGGACCAAAAGUUGAACAGCAUUCCUGCAGAUAUUGUAUUUAUUAUAAGAGAUAAACCUCAUCCAUUAUUUAAACGAGAAGGAGCUGAUAUUAGAUAUACCGCGAAAAUUUCCCUUCGAGAGGCUCUAUGUGGAACUGUAAUUAAAGUACCUACUUUAUCUGGUAAUAAAGUCGAACUCAAAUUGAAUGAAGUUGUAAAUCCAAAGACAACUCGUAGAUUACCUGGUCAAGGAUUACCUUAUCCCAAAGAACCAAAUCGUAGAGGUGAUUUAUUAAUCGGAUUUGAUAUUAAAUUCCCUGAAAGUCUAAGUGAAUCAACUAAAAAACUUCUAUGGGGUAGUCUUGUGUGAUAACAAUCAGAACAUAAUAAUAAUGGAUCUUACUAUUCAAAAUAA